AUGACCCAGCUAAUUCAUCUUAUCGAGACUGGAUUCCCUAAAUCCCGUAACGAGCUACCACCUGCCCUUCGGGAGUACCAUCAAUUUCGCGAACACCUCUAUACAGUUGAUGGCAUCAUCCUCUACAAGAAUCGCAUCGUGAUACCACCCUCUCUCCGCCAGCAUAUUCUGACUGUCUUGCACUCAGCCCACCAAGGUGUGACUUCCAUGACAGCACGCGCCCGAAAGCACAGUGUUCUGGCCAGGCAUCACCCCAGCCAUCAUUGCCCUCACGGGAAACCUGCAACCACUGCAACCGCAUGGCACCCUCUCAACCGAGUUCACCGCCCUCUCCAGUUGUACCCCCAGCCUACCCGUUCCAAUGUGUUUGCGCCCGACUUCUUUCACUACAAAGGGUUACCUACCUUGUUAUCGUGAGACCGCUACUCCAACUGGCCCCUCGUUGAGCGAGCAAGAGAGGGAUCCACAGGCCUGA